AUGCAGAUGGAAAACAUCGUUUCAUUCUGAACUAUCAGGAUCACUUGAAGAAGAUGGGGUGUCUUCGGGCUCUACAGACGAAAACUGCUGAAGAGGUUGCUUUCCACCUCGUUGAUACAUUCUGUGACAAAGGAGCCCCCCAUAUCCUGCAGUCUGACAAUGAAAGAGAAUUCUCAAAUAAGCUUGUCAAGGAAGUUCUGAUGAAGUGGCCAGAGCGCAAGAUGGUCCAUGGCAAACCACGACAUUCCCAAUCGCAGGGCUCGCUGGAACGUGCCAACAAGGAUAUUGAAGCAAGUCUCGCAUGUUGGAUGAAGGACAACAACUUUACGCAAUGGUCACAGGGACUGCGCUUUGUCCAGUGGAAGAAAAAUACCCGCUUUCACUCCGGAAUUGGAAGGACACCAUAUGAGGCCAUGUAUGGACAGAAGGCUCGUCUUGGUGUUGACGCAACUUCUGUACCAGAGGAGGUCCUGGACAGUAUGCAGACGGAGGAGCAGCUUCCAGAGGCACUAGGUGUUGUCAAUGAGGUCACAGACACAGAGGAGGAAGAGACAGGUGUUGAAGAGCAAGAAGAACCAUCCGCUGUCAUUAACUGAAUCCCCUGUGGUAGAAGAUAUUUUGGUUCAAAUGUGUGCAAGGUGUGUGAGAACCCAUGUCACUCUUAUACUCCGUGUUCUAUGAUGAAUAACGUAGAACAACAGAAACAAGCCCAAAAAAUGAUCGCUAAUUCUGUGAGGAGAUUUCAACCAGCCAAAGUAGGGAACACUGAUGGUUCCUGUUCCAUUAGUUGACCGCGGACGUGCAGAGUUUCCUAAUGUGAAGGCAGUGGUUUUUCAGGCAUUGGACAAUGGCACAUAUAAGCUUGGUACAAAACACGGCCUGCUUAAACAGAUGUACACUCGGAAACAAUUUACUUCAUGUCUAGAAAAAUUCCUUUUGCUAGAUGAUGUUGUACAGGAGCAGGGAGUAAGCCUGCAGGAAGUAGCCAAUGCAGAAUCAAUGGGACAAGGUCAGGGAUUCGCUAAAUGCUCUUGCACUAAGUCAUGUAUGACCAGACGCUGUUUUAUGCAACAACAGAUGCAAAUGCAGUGCCUCUUGCUCUAACAAGGUCGAC